AUGGCAGGCUUCGAUGAGGAUGAUCUAGCAGACUACGAUAACUAUUCUGGUGAAGAAGAAUUCAAUGAGGAUAAUCUAGAUGAUCAAGAAUACGAUAAAUUAUAUGCAUGUCUUCCUCAAUUGAAAGAAGACAUUAAAGACUAUAAUGAUGAGAUACUUGAGAUAGAUUUAAAAGAAGCAUUAUACUUCAAUUAUUAUGAAAUAGAAGAAGCAGUCAAAGAGUUGAAGUCUAAGUAUCCUAAAAAGAAGACUAACACUACUACCAAGAAAGUAAAAUCCAAUUUUGAUGAACCUAGUCCAGAUGAUGAGAUUAUAAAUGCCCAAAAAAAUGCAUUUGAGAAGAACAUGGGAAGUUUAAAAAUUUCCGAGGAAAGGAACAAUAGUUCAUCAACUGUCGAUACUAUUACAGAAAAACAACCACCAAAGAAGACCCAACCUUUCAAGAAGAUUGAUCUAUCUAAGGAAUUAUCCACACAUACGACUUAUUUAAAACCCCAUAAGUCAUUUGUUGUUAUAGGUCAUGUUGAUGCAGGUAAAUCCACAUUAAUGGGUAGAUUACUUUUUGAUCUAGGGGUUAUUGAUGCAAAAACUGUCAACAACUUAGUUAGACAAUCAGAGAAAAUAGGAAAAGGUUCAUUUGCACUUGCUUGGAUUAUGGAUCAAACCAGCGAAGAAAGAUCCCGUGGAGUCACUGUUGACAUAUGUGCCACUAACUUCGAGACUGAGACGUCCAGGUUUACAGCUAUUGACGCCCCAGGUCAUAAAGACUUUGUACCUCAGAUGAUAAGUGGUGUCUCCCAGGCAGACUUUGCUUUAUUGGUGAUUGACUCUAUUACGGGAGAAUUCGAAUCUGGAUUUACAAUGGAUGGGCAGACUAAAGAGCAUACGAUCCUCGCUAAAAAUCUAGGUAUUGCGAGACUAUGCGUGGUUGUAAAUAAAAUGGAUAAGGAGAAUUGGUCUGAAAGAAGAUUCGAAGAUAUUAAGUUCCAAAUGACUGAAUUUUUGACUGGCUCGGAUAUUGGGUUUUCAAGUGACCAGAUAGAUUUCGUACCUAUUUCAGGUUUGACGGGCAACAAUGUUGUCAAAACUGACACAACUAUUAAGGCCUUUGAUUGGUAUAAGGGUCCAACAUUGAGCAACUACUUGGAGAGUAUUCGAUUGACCGAUCAAAUAGUUGAUGAUGAUUUGGUAUCCAAAUUGAUUAAGGAGGAUUUCAACAUGUCUAUAAAUGAUAUUUAUAACAUUUCGAGCUCUGAAUUUGGAGUUAGUGGUAAAAUUACAUCUGGUAUGAUUCAAGCCGGGGAGACAGUUUCUAUUUCUCCGAAUCAGGAAUAUUUACAAAUUCAAUCGUUAUCAAUUCAUGAUAAUCCGGUAAACGUGGGUAUAAGCGGUGAGAUAGUUCUGAUGAGUUUCAAGAUUAAUCAACUUACCAAUAAGACUUCUGAUGAUUUGAACAUUGGUGAUUUGAUUCUGAAAAUCGACUCUCCAAUAACAGCUGUCAAGACUUUUAUUGCUUCGAUACAUUUAUUCAAUAUGAAUAAACCGCUAUUAGUUGGAACACCAUUCGUUUUAUUUAGAAAUAAUUCGCAUAUUCCUGCAAGAAUUUCGAAAAUUCUCGAAAUUGAAGGUUCGAAGAAGAAGAAAAAGCACUUGAUUUCCAAACAAUCCGCAACGGUUGAGAUAAUUGUACAAGGUGAUAGAUUAUUACCUGUUACAAGAUUCGGUGACAAUAAGAUUUUGGGCAGGGUAGUUAUUAGAAGGGAAGGUGUUACUGUAGGAGCAGGUACCAUUAGCGAUUUUUGA